AUGAUUCACGAUGGUGUCCUUGUCUGCGUUUCCAUUAAAAACCUGAGAAAAGGUGGCAAACGAGGAGGGAAAUUGUCUCUUUUUGAUGAUUUGCACAGAGGCAAAGCGAAGUUCACCAUUAAGGUUUCUGACAAUUGCAAGUCAUGCUACAAUGUUCGUCUUUUAAAGAUGUAUGUUGAACUCUAUGGAGAUGAAACUCAAAGGGAAAACAACUUUCCAGCAACUGUUUAUCUAAGACUGCGACAUAUGAGUGCCUCGUUUUUUCGAGAUGGAAAUGGAGAAGUGAGAGAAUUCCGACAACAAAACAUGGACGUUUGGAGAAAGUUUGAAUUUGACCGUUUUGCAAUUACAGAUACUGCCAAGUGCCAAGCAGAGAAAAAGAAUGGCAACAAGGAUUCUCUAUACUGCCUGGAGAAAGACGAUGUUCGCUUUCAAGCAAUGUGCUGCCACUACCUUAGUGAUUCCGCCUGUCAGGACGUGCUGCUUGGAGCAGAAGAGUGUCAGAGUCCAUUUGGAUCUUACGAGCUGACUAUACCUGUAGAUGAAGACGUGGAUUGUCGACCAGACAGUUCACAGUUAACAAAUAAGAAUUGCAAAGACUUUGACAGGAGCGUCUACACAAAUAUGAACGUAUGGACACAUUAUUUAUACUGGUCUGACAGAUACCCAACCGGACCGAAUGAUGAGAAAUGCGCUAGUCACUCAAGAGCCAAGUCUAAAAUUUCGGUAUCUGAGCCUUCCCCAGCUUUAGAGCCCGAGGCAUUAAACGUCACAGGAAAUAGAAGACAGAUACUCAAUUAAACGUUUCUGAUAAUUACCAGGAGGAAAAAAGUGAUACUACUUCUCUACUGGUAUUUGAAAAUAAGGGGCAUGGAAAACAAGGAAUCUUUACCAAGGUUUACAGUGGGUGUCCAUCUCACACCUGACCAUCUGAGCAAAUUAGAAUAUUUGUCAAAUGUCAUAAUUUGAUAUAUCGAAAAAAAUAGUUUACGCCGAAUUGGUGUCAAAAGGAGUAAAUGGUUUCACACCGUUUUUUGUGAGAUUCACUAAAAAUUAUAAUGAUUAAAAACAAACUAAUAAAAUAAAAAACACGUUCUUCAUACU